AUGGCUACCCGAACUGAAACCGAAAUUGUUUUGUUCGACUUGGCCUGCACCAAGAAUGUCUGCUUCUCUCCGGUUGUUUGGCGCAUUCGCCUUAUGCUCAACUACAAACGCAUCCCUUUUGAGACAAAAUCCAUUGAAUUUCCCGACAUUCAGCCAACUUUGAAAAGCCUCGACGUACACCCUAUCGAAACUUCUCCGGGAAUCGACCAUAGAUACACAGUUCCAGUUAUUUUCCACAAACCAAGCAACAGAUAUAUCAUUGAAUCCGCCCUCAUCGCAGAAUUUCUCGAGUCAACCUACCCAGACCUGCCAGUACCGCUGACGUCAGAAAUCGGCGUUGAGAUCGAGGCUAAGGCACGCCGAGUAGUCGGUGUAGUUUUCCGUUCAGCGGUGAUGCCGCGCGAGAUAAAUAUUCUAUCCCCACGGGCGCGGGAGUACUUCCGACGUACGCGGGAAGCCUCCCUCGGGCAUCCGCUCGAAGACCUGCUCGUCAAUGAGGAGGAAAGUUGGAAUGCGGCAAGCGAUAAUAUGCGCGCUGUCGGUGAAUUGAUGCAGACCAACAAAGCAGAUGGGCCUUUUGUGCUAGGUGCGAAGCCGAGCUAUACUGACUUCUUCAUUGCGGGGUCCCUUCAAUCUGCGAGGGUCAUCGAUGAGGGUGUCUUUCAGAGGAUAACGAAGUAUCCCGGUUACAAGGAGAUUUAUGAAGCUUGCUUGCCUUACAUGGAGAAGAAAGAUUAA